CGCCCUCGCCGGCCAGAGUGAGCGACCGCCAGUCCGCGGAUCGCGGCCGCCGUCCGGGCGCGCGCAGCUAGCGGGCGCGACUAUGCCAAGAUGGUCCUGCAAGCGCGGAGCAAGCACCGGGAAGCGGCUCCCAGGCCGCCCCGGCCGGCCCGCGCGUCGCCGCCGCUGAGUGGGACAUCCGAGGUGGGCGCUGGGGAGCCGGGGCCGGAGCGCGCGCCGCCGUCGCCGGGGCGCAGGGGCGCGGCGGGCAGAAAGGGGCCCCGCGCGGAGACCGCCGCCGCGCCCGCCCGGGACGGCCUCGCGGGCCGCUUGGUGGCCGGGCUACGCUGGGCGUUGGGCCUGCGGCGCGGGCGCGGCCGGACCUGGAGCACGCUGCUGCUAGCUUCCUUUGCAGCCCUAUUGCACUGGAGUCACAUAACGCACCUCUUUGAAAAUGAUCGGCAUUUUUCUCACCUCUCCACACUGGAAAGGGAAAUGGCUUUCCGCACUGAAAUGGGGCUUUAUUAUUCUUACUUCAAGACUAUUGUGGAAGCACCCUCAUUUUUAAAUGGAGUAUGGAUGAUAAUGAAUGACAAGCUGACUGAAUAUCCCCUUGUUAUUAACACAUUAAAAAGGUUUAAUCUUUACCCUGAGGUGAUCUUAGCCAGUUGGUACCGGAUUUAUACCAAAAUAAUGGAUUUGAUUGGUAUUCAAACCAAGAUAUGCUGGACAGUUACCAGAGGAGAAGGACUCAGUUCAAUUGAAAGCUGUGAGGGAUUGGGAGAUCCUGCUUGCUUUUAUGUUGCUGUAAUUUUUAUGUUAAAUGGACUAAUGAUGGCAUUAUUCUUCAUAUAUGGCACAUAUUUAAGUGGCAGCCGGCUGGGAGGCCUGGUCACAGUGCUGUGCUUCUUUUUUAAUCAUGGAGAGUGUACCCGUGUGAUGUGGACGCCUCCUCUCCGUGAAAGCUUCUCGUAUCCAUUCCUUGUGCUUCAGAUGUUGCUUGUGACUCAUAUUCUCAGGGCUACAAAAAUUUACAGAGGGAGUUUGGUUGCACUCUGCAUUUCCAAUGUAUUCUUCAUGCUUCCUUGGCAGUUUGCCCAGUUUGUGCUUCUUACCCAGAUUGCGUCCUUAUUUGCAGUGUAUGUUGUGGGAUACAUUGAUACAUGUAAAUUACGGAAGAUCAUUUAUAUCCACAUGAUUUCCCUUGUGCUUUGUUUUGUGUUGAUGUUUGGAAACUCAAUGUUGCUAACAUCUUACUAUGCAUCCUCUUUGGUAAUUAUUUGGGGUAUACUGGCAGUGAAACCACAGUUCUUGAAGAUGAAUGUAUCUGAACUUAGUUUAUGGGCUAUUCAAGGAUGCUGUUGGCUAUUUGGAACUGUUGCGCUCAAGUGUUUGACUUCCAGAACCUUUGGCAUUGCUGAUGAUGCUCAUAUUGGCAACUUAUUAACAUCAAAAUUCUUCAGUUACAAGGAUUUUGAUACUUUACUAUACACGUGUGCAGCAGAGUUUGACUUUAUGGAAAAGGAGACUCCGGUGAGAUACACGAAGACACUGCUGCUUCCUGUUGUGCUCAUCAUUUUCACUGCAAUUGUUAGAAAGAUUAUUAGUGACAUGUGGGGUGUCAUAGCUAAACAACAGACACAUAUAAGAAAACACCAAUUUGAUCAUGGAGAGUUGGUGUAUCAUGCUCUGCAGCUGUUAGCAUACACAGCCCUUGGUGUUCUGAUCAUGAGACUGAAGCUCUUCCUGACACCACACAUGUGUGUUAUGGCAUCUCUGAUUUGCUCCAGACAGCUGUUUGGAUGGCUCUUUGGCAAAGUGCAUCCUGGUGCUGUUGUUUUUGCUGUAUUAGCAGCAAUGUCUAUUCAAGGUUCGGCAAACCUCCAAACCCAGUGGAACAUUGUAGGGGAGUUCAGCAACUUACCCCAAGAAGAGCUCAUCGAGUGGAUCCGGUAUAGCACGAAACCAGAUGCAGUGUUUGCAGGCGCCAUGCCCACCAUGGCAAGUGUGAAGCUGUCAGCUCUGCGGCCUGUGGUGAACCACCCACAUUAUGAAGAUGCAGGCCUGAGAGCCAGAACAAAAAUAGUAUAUUCGAUGUAUAGCCGAAAAGCAGCUGAAGAAGUGAAGAAGGAGUUGAUGAAAUUAAAAGUGAAUUAUUACAUUCUAGAAGAGUCAUGGUGUAUACGAAGAUCCAAGCCUGGGUGCAGUAUGCCUGAAAUCUGGGACGUGGAGGAUCCGGCCAAUGCUGGGAAAACGCCCCUGUGUAACAUCUUGGUGAAGGAUUCUAAGCCUCACUUUACCACAGUGUUCCAGAACAGCGUUUACAAAGUCCUAGAAGUUAUCAAAGAGUGACUGCUGCGUGCACCCACCUACAGAGACCGCGCAGAUUAACCUCAGUGUGGAUUGUCCUUGAGACCUGAGUCCUCAGGGAUGGUUUCCGAUGCCCACUCCCGGCAGCCAUGGAAGAGCUGUUCUCUUUCUGCCUUCUUCCCAGAGCCCAAGGACAAGGUUGGCUGGGGAAGCAUAGCUUGCUCCUAUUGGUCACCUGCAAAGACAGCACAUGCAACUGAGGAAUGUGGCUUCAGUGAGGAGCCAGCCUCACCGGCCAGGGCCUCCCUCCCUGCAGCUGCCUGGGGACUGUCACUCCCAGGGCCAGGGACUGCUAUUCUCAGUGUUGCACGCUGUGACCAAGCUUUCUCAUCUGAUGCUUAGUUUCAUUUCAUAAGCUUUUACCAACUCACAAAAUAGGGAAGCAGCUGGAGAUGGUGGCUUAGGAGUGUUUGAGUGAUGGUACAGUAAUGCAGGGAAAUGGAAAGAAGGCCUUUGAGAAAAUGAGAGAGGGCCUGGGUGAGGGGGCACGCAUGCCCUGCCUCAUCUGCAGCCAUUCUGCAUCCCAGUAUGGCUGGUGGAUACAGCAAUUAGGAUGUUUUUAUCACCUUUUUAAAAGUUAUUUUCUAGCCUUACCCUCUAACAAUUCCCUUCAUAAUAAGUUCACUUGUAAUGGUUAGAAAUUCUGUACAGAGAAACAAAACAUUAAAAUACUAUUAGCCAGUUCACAUGCUGGGAAACAUUAAAAGUAGCCUAAAGUAGUUUUUUGCAGAAACCUUUUGUAACAAUAUUUCCUAAUGUACCUCCACCAGCAAGCUCUGCUUGUGUUUUAGGCAAGUCAGCUUGGAACCGAGGCCUUGGGGCCCCCGACACACUUAGCCUCCAGCAUGUCUAGGAGCAGCUGGUGCUCUGCGGUCUAAAUACCUUUAUGGUGACAUGGAGUGGUAAUAAAUUCUGUGUAGCUGACAGUGCAGUAUUAAAGCUCAGUAUUUUGCAUAUUUUUAGCAUUUACAAAUAUUUUUUCUUUAGUGUGAGGAAAGGAAGGAAAGACAGGAGGCAACUGAAAUAGUUAUUAUUAUGACAUUAAAAAAAUAAAGUUGGGUAAUACUUCCAUAAAAAGAUAAGCCUCUAAAAUGCCUGGCAGAAAAUGUGCGCAGUUAAAGUAAUAAAAGGAUGUGUCCGAAAUAAAAUGAUACUGCAUAGGAGUAUUGUAUUUUUAUGAAUUUUAUGCUCCUUGUUUACAUGUACUAUAUAUGUUAAAUAAAAAAUACAUGAAAAAUGUA